AUGGACUCCGUCAGUUCUCUCACUGAUUUAGAACUUCGCGAGGUGGGAUUUUAUCACUUUCAACAACUAUUUGGCAGACAAUUGCUGAAAUUUUUAUUGAAAAACUUUUUUCUUGAGAAAAAUUGAGUUGGAUGUUCUAAAUUAAAAUUUCAGUUCUCGUUUUAUUAUAUAACUCAACUUCGGGAAAAAGCUUAUUCAAAGGAAAUCACAAUCAUUUAAAAAAUUUUAGAAGCUUCUCGCGUACGGCUCUAAAGUCGGUCCUGUCAACGCAACCACUCGCUCUCUUUACGAGAAAAAGCUGCAAAAAAUUCUCCAAGAGAAUGGUUUUUGUUUGGAAAUUGCAUCUCCUAACAGUAUUUCAGAACCGAUUGAGAUGAAUCUCUCCGAAGAUACAUCUGAGCAAAACUACGCGAUUGACAGUGUAAGUCUUUUAUGAGCGUUCGUUUUUUUGAAAUAAGUUUUUUCCCUAUAAAUGAGAGCUACAAUUUGCUUUCACAGUUUUUUUUUUAAAGGGAAAGACCACUCCUCCAAGACGAAGCCUUUCUCCAAUCCCACCACUCAAUAAUCAUUCACCUUCACUUGGUUUCACCGACGUAAACACUUCUCCCAAUGUUCGUUCUGUUCUAGCGUUUUAUCUGAUUGCUUUUGUUCAGGGUGCGAUCCAGCAAGAAGAUGUCGAUGACUACGAAGGCGAGGAGUCGAUGAGAGUUUUGAGUGAUGAAGAGCUUGCGAGUGAAAGAUCGCUCAGAAAAUCAGUGAAAGUUACCAAGUCAUCAUCUCUCAACUGGGUAGUUUUUCGAAAUAUAGUUCCCUGAACUUUGUUCUAUUAUGCCUUAGCCAACAGAAUUUUACAUUCUGAAAUAAAAUUUUUCAGGUUGUCAUCACGAUUGCGCUUUUGGCGUCGGCUGUCUUUUCAUUCUUCCUUGUGGACAAUACGAACAUUAUUCGUUCACCCACUGACGUUGACAACUCCCUCUGA